GCUGUAUGUGAACGCUCUCAGACUGUCGUUGAACUUGCUCGGUGCUCUGCCUUCCUGCGGCUCAUCACAGCUCUUGGAAAACAAACUGUUUAGCCUAUUUGACACUUUGACCAACACGAGACACCGCGGGACUUCACGCUGUCAAACUGAAAACUUUGUCUGCAACUGGUGUUUCUGGAACAAGGGGUGGAGAAGCUCGCCACACAUCUGGUUUGUGCUACCUCUUAACAAUGUGAGACUCAUGGCUGGACUGAGACUGAGCACUGAACAUCUUCCCUGCUCUGGGGGUAGACAGACUGCGGCCCUGUUCACAAUCUUCUCCAUUGACUCCCUGUGCUUGUCAGGAUGAUCAUGUGACCGAUAACAACGCUGCCAGCUCACAGUGAGCAGAGUUAAAGUUCACCACAGGUUAGAUUGGGGUUAUUCAUCAUUCUAGAAAUUUACAAUGUGAGCUCACAAACAUUAAACUGCUCUGACCUGUAUAGUUACUUACUGCCAGUUUUUAUUUUUUUUUCCUCCAGGGCCAGUACUUGGUCUAGAUAAUGACAUUACCACAGUGAACCUACACUGAGAAAAAGAUGACUAAUGACAUCCUUGGCCCAUAUUCUUUGUUGAUGAUGUGGUAGAUCUAGUGAUACUGAGACAGUCAGUAGUUGCAAUGGCUGUUGCCUGCUCUAUAGAGAAAGAUCAGCCCCUCCUCCAGCUUCAGAAGGUAGACUCCAGUCGAGUUGGCAGCCGUGUUGUCUCCCCGAUCCUCAACUCCCCCCUGGAAACAAGCCAGCCCAUCUGCAUCCCCUCCCCUUACACCGACCACAGCCACGACUUCACCACCAUACCUUUCUAUAGUCCAACUAUCUUAAGUUAUGCCAGUCCGGGCAUUUCAGACCGCCCCUCCGUCCAUCAAUCACUAAGCCCCUCCUUAUUCUGGCCCAGCCAUGGCCACGUGGGGUCCCCCAUACCCCUGCACCACUCCCAGCCUAGACCUCAGUACAGACAGCCAAUCCAGAAUCCAUGGGCGGAGCUGUCGCCGCUGGAGAGCACCUUAACAACCAGUAAGAGUGUGAGGAGGCGUUCUCAGGAGAGCCAGGAGAGCGUGGUGUCAUCCGGCGGGAAGGCGGACCUCCACUACUGUGCUGUGUGUCAAGACUACGCCUCAGGAUACCACUACGGCGUCUGGUCAUGUGAGGGGUGUAAGGCCUUCUUCAAGAGGAGCAUCCAAAGACACAAUGACUACAUCUGCCCAGCAACCAAUCAAUGCACUAUAGACAAGAACCGCCGUAAGAGCUGCCAGGCGUGCCGCCUUCGCAAAUGCAAUGAAGUUGGCAUGACUAAGUUUGGUAUAAGAAAGGAGCGUGGGAACUGCAGGAACCCCCAGAUAAGGCGAGUGACCCGUCUGUCCACACAGGGCAGAACUAACAGACCAGCAGUGUUAACUGGACCAGCCGUGGGUUCACUAAUCGUGCCUCACUCUCCUGCACUGACCCCAGAGCAGCUGAUUGAGCGGAUAAUGGAUGCAGAGCCACCAGAGAUCUACCUCAUGAAAGACAUGAGGAGGCCUCUGACUGAAGCAAACGUCAUGAUGUCGCUCACCAACCUUGCUGAUAAAGAGCUGGUUCACAUGAUCAGCUGGGCCAAGAAGAUUCCAGGGUUUGUAGAGCUCGGUCUCUUGGACCAGGUGCAUCUGUUGGAGUGCUGCUGGCUGGAGGUGCUGAUGGUCGGACUGAUGUGGAGGUCUGUGGACCAUCCAGGGAAACUUAUUUUCUCCCGUGACCUCAGCCUGAGCAGAGAAGAGGGGAGCUGUGUCCAGGGCUUCGCAGAGAUCUUUGAUAUGCUGAUAGCUGCCACGUCCAGGGUGAGAGAGCUCAAGCUCCAGAGGGAGGAAUACGUCUGCCUCAAGGCCAUGAUCCUCCUUAACUCUAACAUGUGCCUCAGCUCCUCAGAGGGCAGCGAGGAGCUGCAGAGUCGCUCCAAGCUGCUGCGUCUUCUGGAUGCUGUAACGGACGCUCUGGUGUGGGCUAUCGCCAAAACUGGCCUCACCUUCCGCCAACAGUACACCCGCCUCGCCCACCUGCUUAUGCUGCUCUCACACAUCCGCCAUGUCAGUAACAAAGGCAUGGACCACCUCCACUGCAUGAAAAUGAAGAACAUGGUGCCUUUGUAUGACCUGCUGCUGGAGAUGUUGGAUGCCCACAUCAUGCACAGCUCCCGUCUUUCUCACCAGCCCACACAGCAAGAUGCAGAGGACCAGAGGGAGGCUCCUGCUCGGCCACACAGCUCUGGUAGCUGCCCUUCAAAUACCUGGACACCAGGUGGAGGUGAACCGCAGUAGUCAGAUGGAAUGAAUUUAACGCUUUGCACAAAACUAGUUCACAAAACUCUGCAGCAUGCUGAAUUCUGGGAAACUCAAGUUUUGACACACUGUGCACUACUUCUAUCGAACCUUUUCAAAUCUUCAAAGUUGAAUCUAAAGAUGUAAUUCUGCAGACAGUAUUCAUUGCCACCACCAUAUUAAAAAGCCAUCACUGAACAGAUUAAGCAAUUGCUGUCAUAAUUUGGCCAGUAGCACGCUCAUAUGUUACUCAGAUCCUGAGAUGAGUGUUACCUGGAUAACAAAGCUUAAGGGCCCGUAUCCAUCAAAGCGUUUUUUCCUGAGGCCAGGAAAUUCAUUCAUUCAAUUCAUUGCAAUGGGAGUACCGCGUUUUUACAACAUGGUGAAAACGCCAGCAGCGUGACGACGUGCUGAGCGUCCUUUCCUCGCUGGGCGUUGAGCCCGCUAGUGCUCCCUGCUGGACAUUUUCAGAAGAGCAGGUGCUGUUUUCAGCUGGAAAAAAACCCUUUGGUGGACACGGGCCCUAAGCCAGACAAUCUCAGAUAAAGACAGUAUGAGAUAAAUAUAUAAAUGUAUUUUCUAACCAUUUAAUCCAUGCAGUCACAUUUCCCAUCGUCCACUGUAUUAUUCUGGAGGCCCAACAGAGAAUGCUGUGUAUAAACAAUAACUGAAGAGAUAAACAAGCCCAUGUUUAUAAACACACGUGUAGAUUGGGAUAGGCUCGGGCGAAAUGAGAGAGAGAGAGAUUACACACACACACACACACACACACACACACACACACACACACACACACACACACAACAGGAGAUUGUUAUAUAGCUUAUAUUGAGGUAGCUACUACUUUAAUAUUGCUGGGUAUAUAUUGGAUUUAUAGAAUUUUUGCAUCAACAUGAUUAAUUUAUCUACAUAUUCUCAUCCAGUCAUUUUACCAUUAAAAAGUUUAAGAAUUGAAAUUCCAGAUAAUAGUGGAAGAGUUUCUUUUUUUUUUUUUAAAGGAAUGACAUUUUGGUAAAUCUUAUUCACUUUCUUGUUGAGUUUGAUGAGAAGAUCAAUACAACUCUUACAUCUGUAUGUAAAAUAGGUAGCUGGAGCCUGUAGCUGGUUAGCUUAGCAUAAAGACUAGAAGCUUGGGGGAAACAGCUAGCCUGGCUCUUUCCAACAGGUUAAAAAAUCUGACAAACAGCACCUCUAAGCUCACUAAUUAAAAUGUUAGGUUUGUCAAAUUCGUACAAAAACCAGUGACAUUUUUAACAUAAAUGAGAUAAUGUGUUAGUUGCUGGUAACGAUAGAUUAUGCUAAGCUAAGCUAACCAGCAGCACCACAAUUACCGUACAAACAUGAGUGGUUUCAAUCUUCUCCUCUAACUCUUGGCAAGAAAAGCAAGCAAGUGUACCGCAUUUCCUAAAAAGUUAAAUACAAAAUGACAUAGCGUGAUAGACCGUAUCUGUGGCACAUGAGAUGAAACAGUUAUUUUGUUAGCAUUCAACUGCUCCCAUGGGAUUUUGGCUAUUGUUAAAUACUAACAAUACUGUUUUAUCUUGGUUAAAAGGACAUGGUCAAUUUUUACUGUUCAGUACAGUAGCAGACCCAUUUAGCUUAAUAUAUAGACUGACAACGUUUCAGUAAGGCCACUGAAAGAUUGGAAUAAAAGCUAGAUUGGUAGCAGACUUAAGCACUCAGAUCUACUUUACUGUAGUCAACAGACUGACGUCAUAAAAACUAGAAAUUGGUCAGUUGUCAUUAAUGUUUCCGCUCAACCCCAGAAAUCAACUGUCUGAAUUCUGUCCAGAUAUUUGUUAUUGCUAAUUCUUUUGACAGCUAAUUUGUAAUUUUUGGCUUUUUCGAACUGUUGUUGCAUCACAGCAAACCAUUGUUUACCACAAGAGGGCGUUUUUAUAGCACAGUCACACACCUGAGGGCCAGAUUACUUUUGUCACUGUACAGUCCUGGCUUUAUUGUUAAAGACAACAAUUAAAACCACUCUUGUUCUUAAGACACCUUUGCACUCAUACCUGUCAAGUUUUGCUUAAAGAAAAAGAAAGUUAUUUUUGUAUCUAAGAACUCACCACAGUAGCCAUAGCUGCAGAAGGGCGCAUAGCAUGAAAAUAUGUAGACUUUGAAAUCAUUACCCCAUUCUGUACUAGUUCAGCCCUAGUGCUCCUCCCAUCACACUGUCACCAUACAUUGUAAACUGUACUAUCACUGUGUACAUGUACUCUGUUUCCAGAAUAGAUUGUUAUAAUGGAUCUGGCGUUCCCUUUUCAUGUGUUUAUUAUCUCCAUUGUGUUCCUUCACCUUGCAAAUCAAGGACAGAGGAAUCUUCAGGGAUUUGAGAUGGCAGGUGUCGACUCAUAGCGUCCCACUCUGCAUAUAAAAUGCAAUUUGCAGAUGAUCACGCUUUUUUGUCAUGUAUAAACAUGUAUUCGUUCACACCAUGAAAUAAAGCAAAAAUAUUGUACAGGUA